GGGCGAUUACUUUUUGCACGCUCUCUGACGUAUAUGCCAGUAAAACGCUUUCUAUCAGAUUGCUGCGCGGUUUUUAAGAAGUAAAAGGGCCCUCGCUGUGUCUCCCUCCGCCUAGCUCCUCUUUACUCUAUCUCAGCGCUCCGAAUGCCCGUUCUAUAGCCACCAGACACUCCUGGCGUGUUGAGAAUCGGCAGAUGGUCCGACGUAUCAGUGCCUACUUUCCAUUGGUCGGGAAAGUCUGGGGAGCUGGGCGGGCGGAUAUUUAAUUGGUGACAAGAUGUUGAGCUGCGCUCUAAUUGGUCGGAAGGUAGUCCAAGGGGCGGGAGCUUGUCUGUUUCUGAGACGCGGUAGGGGACACCUGGCUGUCAGUGCUGGGCUGCGGCAGAGUGCGGCUGAUAAGUGGCGAGAGUCUGGUUGGCAGAGGAAUAGCAGAAAGAUGCCGGAAAUAAACACAGACUCGCUGGACAAGCAGCAGGUGAUGCUCCUGGCUGAGAUGUGCAUACUUAUCAACGAGGAAGACCAGAAGAUCGGAGAAGACACAAAGAAAAACUGCCAUCUAAACAGCAACAUCGAUAAGGGCAUGCUCCACCGAGCAUUCAGCGUCUUCCUGUUUAACUCUGAAAACAAGCUAUUACUGCAGCAAAGGUCUGAUGCCAAAAUCACAUUUCCAGGCUGCUACACAAACACUUGCUGCAGUCACCCACUAAAUACCCCCCAGGAGACGGAGGAAGAGAAUUCCAUUGGGGUGAGGAGAGCAGCACAGAGACGACUGAAAGCUGAACUGGGGAUCCCCAUGGAGCAGGUGAUGCCAGAUGAGCUGAAGUACCUGACCCGUAUUCAUUACAAAGCUCAGUCAGAUGGAAUCUGGGGAGAACAUGAAAUCGAUUAUAUCCUAUUUGUGCAGAAGGACGUGGCGCUAGAUCCCGACCCGAAUGAGAUCCAAACCCAUUGUUAUGUGUCGAAGGAAGAUCUCAAACAGUUGCUGGAAAAGGCUAAAGGCGGGGAAGUAAAGAUCACCCCAUGGUUCCAGCUCAUUGCAGAUACUUUUCUCUUUAAAUGGUGGGAUAAUCUGCAGAACUUGGAGAAGUUUGAGGACCACGAUAAAAUCCAUCGAAUGUGAGCGGGACGGAGGAGGUGGAGCAUGGACUGCGGGAGGCGGGCAGAUUCUGGGGCAGCUUUUCCGAUCUGUCUGUGGCUUGCUAUGGAGUCACCUUCAGAUCCCAGUAGUUCAUCUGCAGCAGUUUGUGAUCAUUAGUAUUUAGUGAGCUGGUUAAGUUAGAGCCUGAAACCCCAGAGUAUCCCCUGUUAUAAAGGGAAUGAGGCAUCGGGGAGUGGGUAGGUACUGGGGGGCAUCACUUGAACUACCCAAGCAAUAGGCCCAUCUUUCAACUCUCACUAAUGCUAUGCUACUGGGUGAACUACAUUUAAUAUUUAACAACUGUUGGAAUGGGAGUCCUUUCUUAACCCUUAAACUGCCGAUUAUUUGUGCCUCUCUUUGGGAGUGAGUGGGUUAAAGGGCUUUGCCACAGAACAAAUUAGUGUUGAUUUGACAUUACUGAUUGGAGCAGAGAAAUCAACAGAAAAGGGGUUGCAUAUAAUAUGUAACUACAGGUACGGGACCUGUUAUCCAGAAUGCAUGGGACCUGGGGUUUUCUGGAUAAGGGAACUUUCUGUCAUUUGGAUCUUCAUACCUUAAACCUAAUAAAAAAAAAUUAAACCCAAUAGGCUGGUUUUACCUCCAAUAAGAACUAAUUAUAUCUUAGUUGAGAUCAAUUACAAGGUAAUGUUUUAUUAUUACAGAGAAAAACAAAUCAUUUAAAAUUUUUGGAUAAUGGAGUCUAUAGGAGACAUUCAGAAAGCUCAGAAUUAUGGGAAGGCUAACUGGUUUCUGGAUCCCAUACCUGUAGGUAUUUUGUUUGUUUAACGUGUAGGCAUUGGUUUUCAUGAUGUUUACUAAAGCUCUGAACUAAUUAAAUAAUUAUUUAAAAAUCA